AUGGCAAAGUCUCACAAAACCUGCGUCAAAAUACACGACAAUAUCCUGGGCGGGGUUGAGCUGAGCUCUGAGACAAAGGACUUCCUUCAAGACCUUAUACAGCGUCACGCGCCAAAGUUACGAGACGAAAGAUCUAAAAUUGAAGGCGUUGAUAUUUUAUCCCCUGGAAGGUUCAUCAUCACAGAGUUAUCCCACGUUAUCUUCAACAUGCCAGUUUUCAACCAGUCUAUUCGUGGGCGAUGGAAUGAUAUCAAAAGAGCGGCCACAAUCUUCGACCAGAUGAAAAACGAGCUGAGUCACCUGGUUGUGCCACGGCAGAGUCUGAUUCGUGUUGAUACAACAUAUCUGAUUGUUGAGCAGCGGCUGCCGCUCGGCUAUACAUCAUGUCAUGAAAUGGCUUACGCCUUCAAUAAAGAUAAACUGACCCCAGCACUUGCACAACUUACCAAGUUUAUAAUUUGGAGUGGCUUUCGCUAUGUUCAUCCAAAUACGGUUCCAUUGCUCCAGCUUGAGGUGCGCCCAGACGGACAGUACCGAAUUGGAUUAAUGGACCUCGGCGAUUGCGGUUCUGGAACUUUGAGCGGCCGGUUUUUUCAUGACAAGACAAAGAAGAACAUGAAGUACAACAAGUACAAGAAGCACGCGUUUGUUAGUAAAAGAAAGUUCACACGUGGUGUUGCAAAAAAAUCGAGCAUGCAUUUGGUAAAGGAAGACUUGAAUGAGAACAUACAAUACACGCUUGAAGUGGCCUUUUGUCGACGCCUCAUUCAAUUUGUCUAUCCUCAACACUUCGAUAUUAUUUACAAGGCAGCUUUGAGCGAAGGAGUCGACCUGAAGACGAUGUUUCCGUCGCCCGAGGGAUGGGAGCAAGCAUGUAACGACCGCAAGUUAGCCAUAGAGAACGGCUCACUGGGUUUGCAAUUGUUCAGCACAAUUGAAUUGUGUGCCCAUAUCAAUGCGCAAUAUUUCACAGGAGAUUCAUGGAAAAUACUGCAGACAGUCCGGACAGUCCGCCUCAAACUGGACUUCGAUCUUGACAUUCCUAUCCGAGCCUUUCGAACUGAUUGCUUAAUCGGAGUCCUCUUUGCCAACAAGGACAGCAAUGUAGUCUCAAUAAUUUUACAGUCCGCGCGACAUCUCGAUGAUGCUCCCGCAGUUCUCAAGUCGGUUCUCAGCGAGGAAGGAGAGGUCAUCACAAGUGUUAAACGCAUGAGUCCUGCUGAGGGAUUGUGCUUACUUGUCAUAGAACAUGAUGAGCGACUUGAAGACUUUGUAAAGAUUCAUCGCGAGUCUGGGUUUCCAAUUACCAAUGGUUGGACUCCAUAG